UUUAUUAAAUAAGCUUGAGCAUUAUAAUAAAAUAAUGAAACUAUUGGUACUAGUUUGUUUUGUACUAUACUGUACAAUCUCAGUUGACUCCGAAGUCACUACUGAACCCCCUUAUCGACAAGAUUUACUCGAUAAGGGCAAUGAGCUCCAGGGUGAGGCAAUGAUCAAGAUCCAACAAUUACUUGCCCAAGGUAAAACUGCCGAGGCCGAGGAACUUGGUCAUUUGCGGGAUGCUUUAAAUAACUCAAUGAGAGCCUACGUCAAGACCUACCACUCGCCACCUGACCGAGAUCAUUGGGAGAAACAAAUGAUCCAGGACAUUAACACUUUGGAGCAAGCACUGCACAAGUAAUAGUGUUAAUCUACAACUACACAGUUAUUAAUUAAUGUACAUGUUAUCAUGAAAUAUUGAUUUUUAAAAAUAAAUCCAAAAAAAUAUAUAA